AAGGAGAGGGAAGGACCUCGUCUCCAGCAAGAGUCAUUGCAACUGACUCAUUCAUAGCUGUCUAAGAGACUGUCUCCUCAUCUGACGAUCCUGCAGACCACAGAACUUAACUUUUCACUCAAAACACCCCUAGGCACGAUGGUAGGUCCGUGGGUGUGGGCAUGGGUCUGGACGAAUAUCGUGGCGUGGACGAUAGGCCUUGCUGCUGCGUUGGUGAUCGGUGUUUUAUACACACGUGGCUCAGGCAGGUGCACGUCUACUAGGAGACUGGAUGGAAAAACUGCCAUUAUCACUGGGGCUUCAGCAGGGAUUGGCAAGGAAACAGCGAGGGACUUUGCAGGUCGAGGAGCUCGUGUCAUUCUCGCCUGCAGGAACGUCGACAAAGCACAGAAGGUUGCAAACGAGAUCAUCGCCGACACCGGGAACCAGCAGGUGUAUGUGCGCCAUGUUGAUACGUCCGACAUGUCCUCCGUCAGGAAGUUUGCUUACGGCGUCCUCAGUUCCGAGAGCAGCCUGCACAUUCUGAUCAACAACGCGGGAAUACCAGGCUACACCACGAAGAAGUUGACUCCCGAGGGUCUAGAGUUGGCAAUGGCCACUAAUCACUUCGGUCACUUCCUUCUGACAAAUUUGCUCUUAGACCUCCUGAAGGCGAGCGCCCCCAGCCGCGUGGUCAACGUCACUUCCAACGCCCAUUGGAUGUGUCACCACCUGGACACCAACGACCUCAACUACAAUUGGAGGCCUUUCCCGGGUUGGCUUCCGUCCUACGGCCAGAGCAAACUGGCGAACAUCCUCUUCACGCUAGAGCUUUGCCGAAGAGUUAGAGGGACAGGUGUUACAACAAACAGUGUUCAUCCCGGUGUGGUUAACACGGAGAUCUUCGGGAAGGAGGGCUGGAAGAUUGUGAACUUGCCUGCUAUCCUAGCUGCCUGGAUCAUGGCCAAGGACGAGAAACUGGGAGCCCAACCAGUCAUCUACUUGGCGGUGUCUGAGGAAGUGGACAAUGUGUCUGGGAAGUACUUCGUUGACUGCAAGGAAGCCCCUUCCUCCACACUGGCACAGGAUCCGAUAUUGGCGAGGCGCUUGUGGGAUGCCAGCGAGAAUUUAGUUGACCUUCAAUCUUAAGAAUUAGUCGACCUUCAACCUUGGGAAGUAGCUGAUCUGAAAUUGUAAUACCUCUAUAGUCAUCAACAAAAAAUCGCCGUUAGUCAUUCAAAAUAUGCUUCUUUGACAUUUAGAAAUUAAGAUGAGAAAAAAAUAAGCGCACAGACCCGGUCAUAUCGAGAAAUGAUUACAUCCCUGUGUCUUUUCUCGUAGAGAUAACAAUCACUGACUUAAAGAGAACUCGCCACAACACGCUAAGACUUUUCCAUUUGCUUAAAGAUGGAAACAUGAAUAGAAUAUCCUUGUAUUCUGAGAACACAGACCCCGUAAAAUUGGAUAGAUAUGUAAGACUUUGGCCUUCGAGGAAUCUCUCUUAUGUAAGAGUAAUUUGCAAUAUUCCAAUGCACAUAAAUUUAAAUAGGGAUGUUAUUCAUUUGUUAUAAAAUGUUUGAAAUCUCACUCUCUGUACAGAUUCCCAUCUAUAUGUCAGAACAAUUCUGGCCAUCGAGAGUCAACCCACGAACAUUUCUGGUGUUUGGCCAUAUCGUAGGCAUAAGAUUUUUUUCUGUGUAAUCUUCAGACAAUGUUUAUUGUAUCAAGUAGAUUAUAUAAGUUGAAAAAAAUAUAUAUAUAUAAUGGUUAUAGUUAUUGAGCUUAUAUAAAGUUCCAUGUGUUACG